CGUCCAGAAUUCUAAGGCUUUCAGCAGAGAUUUGAGAAAUGGCAACAAAUGAAAGUAUCAGCAUCUUUAGUUCAGCAUCCUUGGCUGUGGAGUAUGUAGAUUCACUUUUACCUGAAAACCCUCUACAAGAAACAUUUAAAAAUGCUUGGAACUAUAUAUUGAAUAAUUAUACAAAGUUCCAGAUUGCAACAUGGGGAUCCUUGAUAGUUCAUGAGGUCCUUUAUUUCUUGUUCUGUUUACCUGGAUUUUUGUUUCAAUUUAUACCUUACAUGAAAAAGUACAAAAUUCAAAAGGAUAAACCAGAAACAUGGGAAAACCAAUGGAAAUGUUUUAAAGUACUUCUCUUUAAUCACUUUUGUAUCCAGCUUCCUUUGAUCUGUGGAACUUAUUAUUUUACAGAGUAUUUUAAUAUACCUUAUGAUUGGGAAAGAAUGCCAAGAUGGUAUCUGCUUUUGGCAAGAUGCUUCGGCUGUGCAGUGAUUGAGGAUACCUGGCACUAUUUCCUGCAUAGGCUCUUACAUCACAAAAGAAUAUAUAAAUAUAUUCAUAAAGUUCAUCAUGAGUUUCAGGCUCCAUUUGGAAUGGAAGCUGAAUAUGCACAUCCCUUAGAAACUCUGAUUCUUGGAACUGGAUUUUUCAUUGGAAUCAUGCUUUUAUGUGAUCAUGUCAUUCUCCUUUGGGCAUGGGUGACUAUUCGUUUGAUAGAAACUAUUGAUGUCCAUAGUGGUUAUGACAUUCCUCUCAACCCUUUAAAUCUGAUCCCUUUCUAUGCUGGUUCUCGGCAUCAUGAUUUCCACCACAUGAACUUCAUCGGAAACUAUGCUUCAACAUUUACAUGGUGGGAUAGAAUUUUUGGAACAGACUCUCAAUUUAUUGCCUACAUUGAAAAGAUGAAGAAGAUUGAGAAAAAGACUGAAUAAAUAUCUAAACCUUCCUGAACAUACACACUUUCCUGAAUUGAAGCGAGUAGCUAACAUUGCUUCUGCGGAGCAGAAAUAAACGUGUCUUGGCUGCUAAGUGAUACAAAGAACAUUAACAACCUUUAAUUAUCUUCCUAGUGGGAACUUUUUCUACUUUACAUAAAAGUUCUGUAUGUGUAGAAAUAAGUAUAUAUUUAAGUACGAUUUUCAUGAGGAAGUUGUAAAGUCCAUGUUGCUAACCUUACAG